AUGGAGGGCAGGGUGGAAUGGAGGGGGGAAGGGAAGAGUAAAUGGGAUGAAAUGAAGAAGGUGGAAAUGGUGGCUGUACCUUUGCUGGAAAGGAAGCAGAGACAUCAACGGUGGUAUGAGUUAAUAGGAUCGAUGGAAACAAAUUCCACUCUAAGAAAACCAAUAUUUAAUUCUUGUAAUGAUAGGGAAGCACCAUCACAGAAAACAGCUAUUGCAGGCCACAUAUGGAAAACAGAAAUAGAAAUGGUGAUGUUAGCUUGUUCUACGCGAGCCUUUAAGAUAUUUGACUUUCAACCCUCCCAUAUAGAUGAGGUUAUUUAA